GGGAAAAUGGGUACUGAAGCAUCAUUAAGACUUGUUAGCAAACUUAUAAUUCUAUGCCUCAUCUUUACUCUUUGGCAGCUUGGCUCUGAAUUCAAAUAUCAGAGUACAGCUCAACCAAUGCCCGAUGAAGAAGUGGUAUUUUUCUCCUACAUAAUGCAGGUUAUUUUUUAUAAUAUAAAAUAAAUUGUUGGUCGACAGUGAGAGCUCUUAAAGAAAUAGCAUAUAAGUUGGAGUUAGAAGGACGAAUGUUCGAUGAAGGCUCACUUUGCAAUGGAAGCAGCGAUGUUGGCGUCUACUGUGACUGCAGUUCCGGCACCAUUUGCCACGUCAAAUAUAUCUUUCACAUUUUGAGUGACAGUAACCUACCUGCUCGCGGUUUGUCUGGAGUUAUACCUGAAGAAUUUGCCAAUCUCACAUAUCUGCGAAGCUUGUAUCUCAAUAAUAAUCAAUUGACUGGUCCCAUACCUGCUAGCUUGGGGAAAUUAUCUUUGCUCUUCAGGCUGGAUCUUUCGAAUAAUCAAUUGACCGGGUCCAUUCCAGCGAGUUUGGGAAAUAUGAAAUUUCAAGCAUUGUCCGAGGGAUGGUCGCUUGAUCGCCGCGUGGGUAUUGAAUUCACACUGGAUCUUUCAGGCAAUCAAUUGAGUGGAUCCAUACCAGCCACUUUAGGGAAUUUGACCCUCUCUUCGGUGAUAUCUGAUCCAGAAGCCUACCGACUGAUCGUCAAGCUUAAGCAAUAUGACAGUGCUUAUGUAACCUCAUCGUUCCACAUGAGUCUUUCAAACAAUCAACUGACUGGGCCUAUACCAAAGAGCUUAGGGAAUUUGACUUUCGCCGAUACUAUUGAUCUGCAUGGCAACUUUCUCAACGCCUCAAUACCAGCAUCUUUGGGUGCAGUGACUUUUCUUAGGUCUCUCACGCUUGGAUCCAACAGUAUCACUGGGACAUUACCAAAAAGUUUUGCCAACCUUACAAGUCUGAAAACAUUUUCUGUAUCUGGUAACUAUUUAUCUGGCCCUUUACCCGACUUCAUUGCCAACUGGACUUCAAUCACUGAACUUUAUCUGAACGGAAACAAUUUCCAGGGGAAGAUACCUGCCGGAAUUUUUAAUUUAUCACAUCUAGGAAUUUUGGCAAUAAGUGAUGUGGAAGACUCUCAUUUCCAGUUCCCACCAUCUACACAAGUGACGAGCAGCUUUCGUAUUUUGAUACUGAGAAACUGCUCGAUCACUGGUCAAAUUCCUUAUUACAUUGGAAAUAUGUCAUCAUUAUCGAACCUAGACCUGAGCUUCAACAGCUUAACGGGUAGUAUCCCAGAUUCUUUGAAAAACUUAGAUUUAAGUUACUUGUCCUUUUCAAAUAAUAUGCUUACUGGGGAAGUUCCUAAUUGGAUUCAAAAUGCAGUUUGGAGUAAGAUGGAUCUUUCAUACAAUAAUUUUUCAAAACUUACCUUUAAACCGUCAACCAAGUUAGACUUGAAUUUGUUUUCCUGUUGCUGCAACUCCUCAACAUGUCUACCGGAUACGAUGGACCCAACUCGAAUAAAGGAGAAGUAUUGUCCCCCGGAAAAACCUAAUUACCAUUCAUUGUUUAUAAAUUGUGGUGGUGGGCAAACAUUUGACAUCGUUGAUGGAAAUGUUUAUGAUCAAGAUAAUGAUACAUCGCAGUUUUACCUGAGUCCAAAAGGAAAUUGGGCUCGGAGUAGUGCUGGAAGCACCGUCGACCAAAACUAUGCUUCCAAUUCUAGUAUAUUCUUAAAAAGCGUGAGAUGUGGGCUUUCCUCUGAAGCACAUUUAUACGAUAGAGCUCGCACUUCUCCUGUCUCUCUAAAAUAUUACGGAUUCUGUUUACGUGGAGGAAAAUACAGUGUGACACUUCACUUUGCUGAAAUCAUUGAUGAGGAUAAUGAUCACAGAAGUACAAAUAAACGCGUAUUUGAUGUAUACAUUCAGGGUGAGAGGAAACUAAAGGAUUUCAACAUUAUGGACAAGGCAGGAGGUCCGAAUAACGUAUAUCAAGAAAAUUUCACGGCUGUUAAUGUAAAUGAUAGUACAUUAGAGAUCCACUUCUACUCGGCUGGAGAAGGGCUUGAUCAGGGACCUCUCAUAUCUGCUAUAUCCGUAACUCCAGAGUACAAGCUACACAAACAACUAUCACCUCUACACAUAGCGCUCAUUACUGUGGCUUCAAUCAUAGUUUUUGUGUUGCUUUUAUUGCUUUUUGCCUGGAUGAUGGGAUGGCUGGGUACAGAUCACUUACAAGAAAUAGAUAUAGGUCUUGAAAAGCCCGUCACCCUCAAACAAUUAAAAGAUGCUACUCGGAAUUUUAGCCAGAGGAACGAGAUUGGUCAAGGGGGUUUUGGAACCGUUUACAAGGCUGAAGUGCAAGGGAAAAUUGUAGCUGUGAAGAAACUUUCCUCUCAUUCAGAGGAAAGGAUCAUUCAAUUGAAAAAUGAGUUUUAUAACUUAAAAUCAAUGAGUCAAGAGAACCUUGUUCAGUUGCUGGACGUUUACAACACAAAAGGCCUGCAUUUGCUCAUCUAUGAAUAUAUGCAAAAUAAGUCCCUUGCACACGCCUUAUUUGACCCAAAGUCCAAACUGAAACUUGAUUGGGAAGCUAGGUUUAACAUUUGCUUGGGAAUAGCUAGGGGAUUGGUGUAUCUACAUGAGCAUCCCAGGCUGAAGAUGGUUCACAGGGACAUUAAAUCAGCUAAUAUUCUUCUCGAUGGAAACCUCAAGGCUAAAAUAUCAGACUUUGGAUUGGCAAGCCUUUACACCGAAGAUGAUCAAUUCAAGUUCAUCAAAGUAGAAAUGCCAGAGGGAUAUAUGGCACCUGAGUAUGUUCGAGGAGUUGUGACAUCCAAAGCUGAUGUCUACAGUUUUGGGGUGGUUAUACUUGAAACUGUUAGUGGAAGGAAAAAUGCAGGACACAAGCGAGAUAGCCAGGAAACUGAAUUUCUUUUAGACACGGCUUGUGAUUUACAGCGAAAAGGAAAGCUGGUGGACUUGGUUGAUAAAACCUUGUCUAAUAAGUAUGAUGCAAAACAAGCCAUCAUCAUCUUGAAUUUAGCAGUAAAGUGCAUCAAUAUAUCGCCAACUCUGAGGCCUACUAUGUCUGAAGUUGUGAGUGUUCUCGUUGGCGACAAAAAAAUUGAGGAGAUUUGUUCCUCUGCUUUGAUUGAGGACAUCAACGACCCCCACGUGAAGGAGAUCGCGGAGUUCGCGGUGUCGGAGUACAACAAGAAAUCCGGGAAGAAGCUGGAGUUACAGAGCUUGGUGAAGGGUGAGACUCAAGUCGUCCCCGGCGAGAAUUACAAGCUCGUCAUCGCCGUCACGGAUAACUCAUCGGUGGCCAAGUACGAGGGCGUUGUGUAUGAGAGGAUUUGGGAACAUACUAGGGAAUUGCUCUCCUUCAAUAGUCACAUUGCUCAAGUUGAUUCCUCUGUUUCUAUGGAAGUAACCUCAAGAGUAUCCACAUCAUCGAAUUUGAUCAAAGGGGAAGAUGAAACAGAACACAUUUCUGAGUGUACCCCCUAGAGAUUUCCAAAUGAAACAGAAUAAUCUAGCCAAAUGUCUGUGUCUAUUUUGUUUUCGUUGUUUUUGGACUUGAUGGACUGUGAUCUGUACUUAACAUGUAUAAAAUCGAUUCCUGGCGUUGUCUUGUCAAAUUGGAAA